AGUCACGUGCAGUAACUGUCACCGCCGGCUGCCAGAAGAUUUUACGUACGCGCUGACAGUUGGCCGCUUCGUCCGAAAAGCCAUACACUAUGGGGUAGGGGGUUGUAGAAACACUUCUAUCAUGCCGCUACUUUUUCGGAAGAAAAAAAGACGAAAGUCAGCGAAGAACCCAACAAAAGGGAAAUCAGGCCUAACGGAUGAUAUUUCUGAAAAACAAAAUGACGUCUAUUGGUUACGCGGUAAUGAUUACAGAGAUUUCUCGCAGAUGGGGUCUGGACAAGAAAUUGUCAAAACAGUCAAGAGAGCCAAAGCAUUAGAUAAAAUAAAAUCUGUGUUCAAAAGAGGAAAGGAGAAGCUCUGUAAGAAAAGAAAGGGCUUGGGAGGAAUAUGUAAGGUGGACAGUAUCGGAGAUCUCCUGAAAGCACAUUCCGGAAAUGUGAACCAAAGCGCGUUAGGUUGCGAUGUCGUUCAAACCAGCGAUCACCUCCGAUCACACAGCUGCACCGAUUGUAAUGAAAGCAAGGAAUCAUCGUGUUGCCCGCUGGACAUACGCGUACCUGAUCUUCAGAAGUACUGCAAGUAUAUUCCUGUCCGAAAAGUGUGGGGUCCAUUUUACCCCAGAGGAAGCGUGGCCAAUUCCAAAACGGUAUGGCUGGACAUGCAACUGUGGUAUUCUAAGUAUUAUGAUCUCAAGCUGAAACGACAAACUAGUGAAAACCUUAACUCAUCCUUGAACUCGUCUAAAAGUGAAAGCAGCCUAACGGAAUCCCCAACAAAAUCGCCCAAAUCGAAUCACUUGAAGGUGCCAAGAGAACUUAUGAAGGAAAGCCUGCUAGAGUCUCGCGCAGCUGAUCGAGAAUCUCGCCACAAGAGGACGCUUCUGAGACAACGUUUUCGCCGUGGUGCAAACGCUGAAUACAUAUCGAUGGUAAGCUGGCAGCGCUUUUACGUCCCUGUUGAAUGUCGUCUGCAGCUGUUCGUCAGCUCCGUGACUGCAGACGACUUGCUCCACCUGAAGACCGAAAUACUUGUAUCCUGUAUGCGUAGUUUUGUCCAGGCUGAUGGAGACUUCGAGGUCCUGUGGGUUGCAGAAAUCCAGAGAGUUCUCCCUUCAAGACUGGACCUCGUUUCCUGCGAUUGUCUAAAUCCAGAGGUUGCUCUUGAACUAGCCUCACAGUUGAAUGGAGUAAAAGCAGUGUUAUUUGUGAGUCGAGCUGCCUCUAUCUUACUGAGACACCAAUCAAUAGGAUUCUUGGACACGCUUGCUGUGUCGGCGGACGUGGAAAGGACGGACCUCAUUGUUCUACCAAAUGCUCUCGGUCCGGCUAAGGUGAAACGCGCGGUCAUCUGAGUGAACCCAAACGCAAUGGGUCUGAAUUUAUUGUUAUUACAAAGACAUAGGUGAAAGGAUUCAAGAGAUGAAUAGCCCCACGUGAUUUCGCCUUUUUGUAAACUUUUAUAAUUUAUUUUGAGAAAUUCGAAUUGGAUUUUUUUCCUUUCUCAGGUAUAGUACUGAUAUAUGUUUUCGAGGGGAUGUCAAUUUGGAUAAUCUGGAUCAUUGUAACAAUGAAGCCUUUAUCAUCAACGCUUCCAUGAUUAAUAUGACAUUGAUAGAUAUGCUUGUGCACAUUGUCACUUCUCUACAUGAAACUACCAAUAAAGAAUACAUAUGACAUAUC